AUGGGACCCAAACGAGCUGGACCAGAGGACGAUUUCGUCCCAGAUGACCAGGACGACGAUUACUUGGACGAGUUGACUGAUGACUCGGAGGAAGAUGUGAAGCCUAAUAUUGGAGGGCCUCAAAUACUCAAAGGUGCUCUUCAGCCGCCUAGGCAUUUCAGCCUGAGUACAAAGAGUAUCCAUGAAAUGAUCCACCUUGGAAAUGUCGACCUCGACCCGCCCUUCCAGCGUGACGUUGUGUGGAGUACGACCAAAAUGAUGGGAUUGAUACAAUCUCUCUUUCUUAAUUAUCACAUUCCCCCGAUCCUCCUCAACGCAGUCUCUCAAGCUGAUCCCGAAGCCGACGUUCAGAUGAUUUGCAUUGACGGCAAGCAACGUUGUACUUCUAUUCGAGAAUUCAUGGACGGGACGAUCCCUUUCCAGUCACCGAAAACCAAAGAAAGGUUUUGGUACACCAAAUACGGCGAUCGUAAACAAGGGAAGCAGCUGCCCGAGGCUCUGCGGAGGAGGUUCGAAAUGAUUCAGAUACCGAUUGUCGAGUACAAAGAUCUGUCACAGGAGCAGAUGCGAGAUAUCUUUCAGCGGGUGCAAAUGGGUAUGCCUCUCACAACUGCUGAGAAGAUGCAGGCCAUCUCCUCACCUUGGACGAACUGGAUCCUUGAAUUGCAGAAGAAAUAUAUAUCACACGAAGGUACUCUGGGAGAUAUGAUCAAGAUCGACCAGACUCGUGGUCGAGCCUAUCAAGCAUUGUCCGCAUUCGUUCAACUGGCAUACUACUAUCCCGACCGUCAAUCGACGAUUAGCUACGUGCAACAGACUGUCUUUUUAAGUCGGGCAGAUCAGCCUGACAAACCUUUCAAGAAGAAGAUCGAAAUGACCUUGGCUCUCAUGGUGGACAUUGCAACGAAUCAUUUUGCAAAAGCUUUUGGUGUCGUCACUGCUCGAGUGGCUCCGUCCGAAUUCUGGUUUACUGGUCUCCUGAUUUACACCCGUAUGGGCAUCAUGUCUGUCGAAUCUCUGGCCCAAUACAUUGGUGCGAUGCGAACGUGGAUAAGAAGUAUUCACCGCGAUAUCCGGACCAACACAGCUACUGUCAAGGACCUUUUCGCUUUCCUACGAGACCAAGUCCCGAAAAAGAAGUUGCCCCAUGCCAUCCCAGCGGCCCAAGCGUAUGAAGGUGACGACGUCGAUCCUCGAGACGCCCGAGCUGCGAAGCGACAGCGUGCAUCGGAAGACUCCGACCCCACGUAUCGCGGAACGGUAAUUCAACGCGAUACUGGUUUACCCACUCGAGGGGUACCAAAGGCAAUACCCAAUUCUGUUGCAGCACCGACAUUUACAGCUGGUCCUUCCACUGCAUCUUCCUCGACUGGACCUCCGCGUAUCACGCGACCGCCCGUCGCUCCUGCUGCUCCAGUUCGUCCCCCUCCACUCGCCAUGGACAGGGCUGCCCCACCUCACAUGAACGCAAGCUUUGGUCAACUCCAGCAGAAUGUCCCUGUCAACCCAUAUGCCUCUCCCAUCGUACGUUGCAAAUCGAUAGACGAGGUGGCGAAGCUGACUUAUACUCUCCAGCAACCUACUAAUCCAUACACCAACGGAGGCUCUCAACAACCUAUCAAUCCUCAGUGGAAUCCGCAGCAGAUUCAGCACUUCAAUGCAAUGGCAAACGCGAAUCAUUCUCAACAGCAACGAUGGGUAACGAAGUGA